CGCUGCCGCCCGGGCCUCUGCUCCCGCGGGGCGAGGCGGCGGCACAGGCGGGCAGCGCGCCCCAGCGCGGCGCCGCCGCCAUGGCGCUGGGAGUGCAGGCGUCCGGGGCUCCCCUCAGCUCUUUCCUCAAGGACUUCCCAUCUCCCCUGGGCCCGGGGGAGCCGCUGCCCUGGAGCUCCGCGGGGUGCGGCGCCCUCAGCAAGGCCGAGGUGCCGGGCGCGCUGGCGGACCGGGCAAGGAGCCUCCUGGACGGCAGAGGUGUUCCACCACUUCUUGCAGCAUCCUUGAUCCACGCUGCAGUUGAUGAAGUCCUCCAAACUGACCUGACUGAAUUUAAGCAGCAAAAUGUGGAAACAGUGGGAGAAGGAGAUGAGGAAAGUUUCACCUUGCUGGAUGGAGAGUCUUUGCAGCGCUGCUUCUUUAACAAGCUUCGGGAUGUUUGCUCUGAGUGGCAGAAGCAGUUGCCACCACUGAGACCACUGGAACGUUUCCUGCUCGUUUCCAUCCACGCCAUCCGUAACACUCGACGGAAGAUGGAGGAUCGCCACGUUCUGCUCCCAGAGUUCAAUCAGCUCUUUGGUUUAUCAGAUGACAUUGAUCGUGCUUACUUUGCGGUAUUUGAUGGCCAUGGUGGAGUGGAUGCUGCCAAUUAUUCAGCAACCCAUUUACAUGUAAAUGUUGGGCUACACCAAGAGAUUGUUAAGAACCCAGCUGAGGCCUUGAAAUGCUCUUUCCAGAAGACAGACAAAAUGUUUCUUUUGAAAGCCAAAAGAGAGAAGCUGCGGAGUGGAACAACAGGUGUAUCUGCAUUGAUUGUAGGGAACAAGCUGCACAUAGCAUGGCUAGGGGACUCACAAGUAAUGCUCGUGCAGCAAGGAAAAGCUGUGACAUUAAUGGAACCUCACAAACCAGAAAGAGAAGAUGAGAGAGCACGUAUUGAGUCUCUGGGUGGUUGUGUAACCUAUAUGGACUGCUGGCGGGUUAAUGGUACCUUGGCUGUUUCCAGAGCAAUUGGUGACAUGUGUCAGAAACCCUACAUCUCUGGAGAUGCAGAUGGAGAUUCAUUUGAGCUGACUGGUUCUGAAGACUACUUGCUCUUAGCCUGUGAUGGUUUCUUUGAUGCUGUCAAGCCAUAUGAGGUGGUAGACUUGGUCCUAGAUCACUUAAUGCAGACCAGAGGAGUGGGUCUUAAAGCAGCAGAAAGACUGGUGGCUGCUGCGAAGGAAAAUGGAUCCAGUGAUAACAUCACUGUUCUGGUGGUGUUCUUGAGGGAUCCUCAGGACAUCUUGGCAGACUGUCUCAGGGACCCUAAGAGCCUUGGGGCUGGUGAUGAUACUCGGAGCUCACCCUUUAAUUUCCUCAGCUGUGAGGCAGCAGCCACACAGUGACAAAAUCUGGUUAAUCCACAAUGUUCAAGUAAGUUCACAUAAGGAACUGCUUUCCAAUGAAGAAGCCUCUAAUACAAUAGGCAAAACCUGUCAGGAAAAAAAUGACAAAUGGCCUUUAAGAGAAAGGCAAAACUUCUUUUACUGAGUUCCCAUUUGUCUCUUCCUUCUCCCUUCAAAAAAAUACUGAGCAGAUGUGAAGAUUUGUACAGCUAUUUUGUCUCUGGGAGCAGACUUGUGUGUUCCAGGGCUGCUGGUCAUGUCCCUCUGCCCUGGAAGUGGUAAGAAACUAUAAUAUGUAUAAGCUAAUGGGUGAGAAUACCCGUUUGUGAAUUCUGAGUGAAGAUUUAAAUUAGUGCUUAAAAUGCUCUAUGUUGUAUUUAAUUGUGAUGUUUCUUUGGAGACUGGGAGGAGAGAAGCUGUCACCAUCACAGAAAAGCUUGUUACUGUGUGUGGUCUGUAGGAACAGGCUUGGUGUGCAAGAGAGUGGGUGACAACAUUAUGCUGUGUAAGUUGCUUUUGUUUUGUACCAAAGAUGAUAUUACAGGAGUGAUGCAGCCUCUUGAUUCAAACAGAGGCAUUUAAUUUUUUGUGUAUGGAGAGGAGAAAAUAAAACAAUGCACCAGAAAAAGAGCAAGAAAUCUUAACUAGAAAUAUCCCAGGCAUAUAUAUUAUUAUAUUAUGAUAUAUUAUUAUAUUAUGAUAUUAUUAUAUAAUAUCAGCUGCUUUCUGGGAUGUUCUGGUUUAUAAACUGGAAUACAAUAUUUAACUGCACUUGGUUAUUUCUCCCUAACAAACACACUUUAUUAGCUGUUUGGCAACCUGAAAAGAAAGGAUCCUUAUUGUUGUAUUUGAGAGAGAUCUUUCCAGGAUGGGUGCUCUAGCAGUUAAAUAUGCUUUGUUUCUGCCACUUUUUUGUAUACAAUAACAAAUGAGAAUUUUAUUUUUAUUCUAAAUGUUUAUUUGUUUAUUUACUGAACUUUACAGCUGGUGGUAUUAUUUGCAGUGUUACUUUAUUCUGUUGUGGUUUUUAUUUAAAUUAGAAUUUAAAAGUGACUGUGUCUUUAUUACCUGGUUUUAAAAACUGACUACCCUCAAGUGCCUUAAAUAUUUCACCCAAGGAUUGCUGGCUUCCUAUCAUAUUCUGGUGAGCCAGAUUAUGGUGUUUUUUAAAUGUCACUUUUUUUAUUUCAUUAAUACUCAUGUUUAAUGCACUUAAAUGCUUUAUUUUUGUGGAUUAUUUUAGUGGGAACUACAUUUCAAGAAAACAUCUCCAUUGUUGCCAAAUCUUGUGGCUUGUAUUAAAAGCUUCACAAUACUUACUGUGACCUACCCUUUGCCCCAAGCAAAAAAACUCUAGUUAGUUAAUUAUAAAGUAACAAUCUGAGUCAUCAUUAAUUUAAAAGCAAAUACAAUUCUGACCUUCACAAGAAAAUGUAAUAACACAAACUAGAAACAUUUUAGUAAUUGUUUUUGAUUUAUUGAUGGUUAAUUUGGCCACACUUCAUGAACUUUUUGGGUCUAGAUAAUUUUCUAAGGAGAUAUGAAGCUAAGAUGAGGAUGAAAUAAUCUUAAUGAAUGUGUAUAUUGUUGUGUGACUUUUGUAUCCAUUGCAUGCUAGAGCCUCUGGUUGUGUUUUGUCUUGCCUUGCUAGCCUGGCUAGCAGGACUCAACAAGAUCUGAAGGCUCAGUGGUAAAUAUGUUAGUAAUUUCUGUAUCUACACAAGAAGUGCUUUACAUCUGGCAGCAAGACUGUAUGCCCACUUUGGAAGCACAUGGCAUUGCAAUAUGUCAGUCUGUGGAUUGUAAUGUGUUGAGCAUUAUUGUCACUUAGGGAGGAAAUUUUAAGUAAAAGAAUUGAGAUGGCUAAAAUGAAGAACAGAGCAUCACUCUUCAUGUCCACAGUGUCUCUGGAAGGUUAGCUAGUGUGUGGCAAUGCAGUUACCCCAGCAGCUUGAGUUUUUGGCUGGGUUACUGUGGGCAAUCGUGUAGUUCAACAUAGGACAACUCCUCAGUGAGCUGCCAUCUUAUUACACAGCAACUCAGUGACCUCCUUGUUUAGCUAUGGAACAACAGGAGCUUUUCCUCUGAGAAGGCUGCAAGCGCUUUUUCACCCUGCAGUUUGCUGUUCUCAAAUAUUUGGGGAAGGCUUUCUGUGAUGGCAGCCUGGUAGGGUAGGUGUUAAUUUUUGUAGUAAACCUGUUUCAAUGAAGAAAGCCUUGAGUAGUGAUCCGUUUGGAUUUACCAUCUCCUCUCUCUUUGAUUUCUAAUCCAGAUAUUCGGUGCAGUGCUAAAUUCUGAUGACCACUAGUGCCUCUUGAUGUCUUGGAAAUGGUUCUCAUUAUUAGUAUAAUAAGAAUCAUCCAGAAUUGUUUUAUUUCACUGCUAUCUGAGGUUUAUCAGGAGAGGGGGAAGGAAGGGACAUGUGAAAUGUUGGUAAGUAUGGUUUAGUUUCUGAAAGUUGCCAAAUUUCCUGAAACAUAGAGGGAACUGAACAAGUAAGAUUAUUUUAAUGAUCCUUUUAUUUAAGCCUUUUUGGGGCAAAUUUGCAUUCUAGAGGAAACAAAUACUGAAGUCUUUCAAUGGAUACUUACAGAUAAGUGAGAAUUCAUUAAAAUAUCCUUUUUUAUGGGAACUAAGUGAAGUGGGCCUUUAGAAAGCUGUCUGUGGUAAUAAAAAAUUUAAUUCUCAUGCUCUGCUCUAGGGAAGACAUUGUGUAUUCUGAGAAGCUAUUUCCUUAUGUAGAUGUUUUCCUUCUGAGUGACCCUAAUGCCUCAUUUUUUUGGAGAUGUAAGUGGAUAGGAAUAGUCUUUGGGAACUUUCUCUGAUUUUCAGAUGCUGUAUAAUUCUGGUCAGGUCUAUAGAGUUGUAACAGGGUCAUAAAUGACAGGUUGUAUCUUCUCAGUGUAUUAAGUAAGUUUUUUUAUCUUUUGAAACUGGAAAACCAACAUUUCAGUUUGAUAUUAAAUCAGUAAUGAAAGUAUAACACAGGAUGCAAGUAUGGAUUUUGGAAGGGCAGUUCUAAAAAUCUAUUGCAAAUCAUCAUCAGGAUAGCCUUAUCUCCAAUUUUUGUUUCACUUGUGACUUUGGUAUCAGUUUUAGAAGCCAUCAGCUAUACUGCAUAAUACUGUUACAAGAAGUGUCACUUGUUUGGGUGGUGAAGAAAGAGGGGAAGGAGAUCUAGGAGAAGGUAUAAAUUUGAAGUAAAUGGUCCAAAAUAUGGAAUGGUGCUAUGUUAUUAAUUUACAGUACUAAUCUGCUACAUUAGCUUGUAUUAUCUUUCCUUUUAAAACUUGUUUGAUUUCUGGUGUUGGCUGAUCUGUUUUCCUUCCCUCCUUUAGUUAAAAAUAAUGUCAUUUCAGUGGGAGAAUGCACUUGCAUCUCUGGGCCUUCCCAGUGUCAUCUACCAUACACUGUCACUUGUCCACCAAUGUCACAUUGACUGUGACAAACAAUGGCCUGUUUCCUUGUUGUUAUUAUGAUGGGCCUGCAGCAAAACCAAUUUUCAAGUCUAGCCAAAAUCUUGGAAGCUGUAGAGGUUAUCUGAAGGAUUCCAGAUAAACGUUCAGUGAAAAAAGAAAGUAUUUUCAUAUUUUACUAGACUCCAGAUGAAUGUCUGUUGCUGCAUUUUAGCACCCAGCAUCAGAAAAAAUUGCUCCUUAGAGAAGCCUGCAUUUUUAAACCAGAGCAUGCUGAAAUUCUUGUAUUGUGCUUGAUUGAAAACUAGCUUUAGUCAUCCUGCUUAGUAGGUAUUCAACAUCUCUUUUGCUUCUGGGUAAUUCAUGCUUUUGCCUUUCUUAUAAUUUCCUACCGUCCCCUUUCUGACAAAGAAACAUACCUGAGUGAAGUAUUCUGGGUCUGACAUAGAGAAGAUUACAAUUUUACAAAUUACAUUUGUUGGAGGGUGAGUUUGAUUUUGGGGUUUUUUUUUUGGAAUCCAGAGGAAAAUGUAUAGAACAAAGGGAGAUAAAGUCCACCCUCUGAGUAAUGGAGGAGUGAAAGAGAGAGACAGGAAUGCAUCUAAGUAUUAUUAAUACCUAUUUUAAAAAGGAAGUGGGCUAGGAAAUAGAGCUACAAAUGUCAAUUAUUUCAUAUGAAAUACCAACGCUUGAAAGAAUUAGAAACAUACCCAUUAAAAAGGCAAAACUCAUAUAUGGUAACUCUGUCUUCAAACAGCCAAGGAAGGAAUCACAGUAAAAGUAUCUGAGGUGACUUACUGUGACCCCUCCACACUAUAUUGGAAGCUAAUGCUGGUAAAUGGAUUUUUCUAAACACCUUUAUGUGUAAGGUGGUGCUAAGAGGGAGCAUUCAGUAUAUGCAGUUACUGGUCACUGUGCAACUGCUGCCAUGAGUAAAUGCCAUGAAGUGUGUUAAUGAGUCGAUGCGGCUGGGGAGCCCUCCUAAGAUGAGUAAUUGGGCAUAGAGUGGUUGCAGCAGAGUUGGCAAUUGAAUAGUGUUAAUCACUGUGAUGACUUUAAUAGCAUUUAAUAGACACUUAUCUGAAUUCAAAGUCGGAUGAAAUAUUGCUCUUUUUAAAAGCAUUUCCAUUGCUUUCUGUCAUGAAAAGCCACUAGAAUUGCCAUUUUUUUGUUGGAUACUGGGAAAAGUGCUUCUCUUGCAUUCUUAAUUCUGGAGAUGAGUUGGCUUGCUGCACUGGAAAACCAGUUUUCAGUUUGUGGCUUAAAGCAGCUGUUUGGGGUUGAAAAUUCCCUCCUAGGCAAUCCUUUAAAAACUAAAAGGUGCUUCCAAAAGAAGUGGCUGAGGAAUAUAUGUGUUUCUAAAUGACAUUGCUUGAAAGGUAAGCAAAACCCCUCAAUCUUUAAAGGGCAUAGACAGCUGAGCUUCUUCAAGUAGAAAUUAAGAUUGCAGCUCCACUCUUUGUGUGAGACUGUUGGUGAAAUUCCUUGUGUUGUUGUGGGUGCAGGUGCUUAGUGCACAGCUCCAGACGUGGUCUAUUUCUGUUCUUACAGUACUGAAGUAUCAAGCAAAUGCUUUAGGGAGAAGGUGGGGGGAUGUUAGCCACAACAGAGCAGAUUGCAGAUGAUUCAUAUAUAAUUUAGCUCUAGUUGAGCCUGAAUUAAAUUUCCCUGCUUAGCUCUAUUACUGUCCCUUUUAGAACUGGCCUUGUGCUGUCAGAAAAAAAAUCUUACUAGGAAGUAAUGGUCCAUUCCCUCCUUUUGAGGAGCAAACAAUUCUUGAUGGAGAAAAUGUCAUUCAGGAAGGGUUGGAGAGGAAGAAAAAUGAGCUUUCAAAUUAGUGUAGAACUAAUCCCAAUCUAGGCUAAGUUAUGUAUUCUCUUUAAACACUUGUAUUUUAAUAGUUGUGUUGGAAAGCAAUAGGGCUUCUGCCAAAAUAGACAGCACCAAAACCAAGUGGAUAGUCCUCCCUGAUUUCCCAAAUCAAGCCACAAAAACAGCCAGCCCUGUUGAGUAUUUGUUUUGCAGCAUUGACAGCUCUAAGAGCUAAGCCAGUCACUUCCUGCAUGUUUUGGUAAUUUUAAUAUAUUUAUUGGAUUUUACUUUAGAUUAAAAUGAUUUCUAUUUGUAUCAGUCAUGUCAGCUGAAAAGUAAUCAAAUGGAGACAUGAGGGAGGGACUGGACCUGAACACCUGUCUGUCGUAUACAGUUCUUAAAGUAUUACCUUAAAAUUAUCUUGUGGGCUCUUGUGAUAACCUUAUCUCUGAACAGAAUAAGAAACCAAAAUCUUAAGAGUAUCACACCUUUUAUCUUGGUGUGACCCAUCAGAGCCAGAACACUCCCCAGUCUUCCCCACAAGCUGUUCAAUGCUGCUAGUUUAACGUGUUUUCCAAGCUGUGCGUGCUGCUGCUGGUGCACACAAAAAUAAACAAAAGACAGCUGUGUUUGCAGCAUAGAAAAUUUAGCAAGAUGCAGCUUUUGUCAAACAGAAGAGAACAAAAUCAAUAGGAAAAGAAAUGUUUUCAAGCUUCUUGGAAUGCAAACAAUGGAAUUAAAAAAAAAAACAACGCAACCUAGAAGCCUUGGCAGUGCACUGUCAACUUAAUACCACUGUUUUAAGCAAAUUAAUUUGGCUGCUUUGUAAUGUCUGCUUUAUUUUGUUAACAAACUCCUCUCAAUCAGGGUUUCAUGUCUUGUUGAUACGUGCUUUUUAGUCUGAAGAGAAAAGAGAAAUGUAACUUUCUAAGGAGCUGAAUGUAUCUGGGCUCUGUGAUUAGUUAGAUUUUGAUUAUUUAAUUGUCUCUGAAUGGUUAAGCCUGAUUACUAAUUUCCAGGAGCUGUUAAUAUAGCAAGUACUGAUGUUAUUAGUGAUUAAAUGGUUCUGGAUUUCCAUGAAGAAAAAGAAGGGAUUUCAUCGGUCUUUCCUGAUGUAAUGGAUCACUUCCGAAAGUUUAUAAUAAUUUCUGUGGCAAAACUUCAGCCACAUGGAAGGUUUGUUGCUUAGGCAAAUGGAACUGGAAGGUGUGACCAUCGCUCCCUGCACGAACUAUUCACUCUUUUAUCUGAGGUUCCUUUUGGAUGUCUAAGGAUAAAGAGGUAAUAGCUGGGAAACCAGAGAGAUCCCAUAGAGACCUUCUCAGGGCAGUUAGAUACUAUGACUUCUCUUUCAUGUUGCCCUUUCUAAUUUUGUUAAAAGGCAUUCUGCUUAAUAUUGGAUGAAUAUUGCUGCUUUAUUUUGGUUUUUCUUUUGUUUGUUUGUUUCUUUCAGUGUGCUUAAUAAUGGCAAGCUAUUUGUUUUGUUGGGGGUUAAAAAUGUAUACUGGCAAAAAAAGAGGCCACUAUAAAGCUUUAAGUACUUUUAAUUUACUUAACUACUUUUGAAAGUGAGUCCAGCUCUAUCUCCUGCAGAUUUUCUUCCCAAUUUUCUUUUUCUUCUUUUAUGUCCUCUUAUAUUGCCAGCCCCCCACCCCAAAAUGCUACUUCUUGAACUGUAAACUCCAUUGGCUGCUAAGUCAUUUUAGUUGCCACUUUAUAAUUUUGGUUUCAUCUGUGUUCAUAGUGAUUGAGGUCCAAUCUUUGGAGACCUGCAACACCCAGAGUGUAGAAGGUACUGUGUCAGCUAGGAAGAUAAGAGACUGCUACAACUGUUGUGACUUUGGCAUUGACCAGUAUUGAAUGUGUAAGAAGAAAAUCCUGUUAACUUGCAGGUUAUUCCAUAGGAAUACUUAAGCUUAUUUCAGGUAACAGUAGCUCUCAUCCUGAAUACGGGACUUCAGAAAUAUUCUUGUCUCGGUAUUUCCUUGUGUUUUCAGACAUUUGCACUGUUUAGAGUGGAGGAAAAAAGCUUUCUAACUCUCUUCACCUCUUCAGUUCUCGCUCUUUCUAGCCCUAGUUGACCAGACAGGUUGUAACUGGAGCACACCACAUGGCUCAUCAGCCUCUCAGUCAGUGUAACUCUUCAGUGUCUGCUCUGUAGGAUAACUUCAAUCCUGUGCUUAUUUAGUGGUAAGUUAGACCUCUGUAACUACUCCUGCUGACUUAAAAAUGUGUGUUAUUAUCAGUAUUAAAAUAGUACAAGAGUGAACUGUUGCUUUAGGCACAUUUCUUGCCACUGUGUUGGCUAAUGAACCUUGAAUGAAAGUAAGAGGGCCAGUGAAUUUGAAAUAGGAGCUGUUAGCCAAGUGUUGUAGAAUCGUAGUCCUUAUUUAUUUUAUAUGCUAAUCUGCACUUGUGACCCUGAGCAGAAAAGCUGCAGUACAGCAGGUUUUAUAAGCUGUGGCUUAACCAGUUAUCUAGUAUCUUAAAACUCUUAUUUAAGCUGACUGGUUUUGUGCACAGGUCCAAAACCUGUUGUCAUUGAUCAUUAAAUGCUAUGCAUAUUGUACAUUCAUUUACAUGGAUUGUUCUAAUAGUGCUUGUGUGUAUUAUGCUACAUUGCCAUAUUUUAUAUAUAUAUAUAUGUAUGUAUUGCAUGAGGUUUAAUUGUUGGGGUUUUUGUAUUGUCACUUUUGUAUUCACACAGUGCCUCAUGUAUCUAUUUGCAUAUUGCAAGAAGUUGUUUCAAAGCAGUGAUUGGAAUCAGGUGGGGAUAAGAACUCUCCACUGUAGGAUCUGAUGUUUCUGAAGUAUUAAUAAAAUAAAGUGAUUUGAA